GAUUGUAUCAUUUCCGGUAAGGAAGUUGUUCGUUCCAAACAAAUGUUAGCUCGUAGUUGAAUUUUUCCUGCAACUUUAAAUGAGAGUUACGUUAAUUAAGCCCUAGAAGUGUGGUGUCUGUCAUCUAGCCAAACUAGCUCCUGAGGUCAUCAUCUCCACCUCCUCAGUAAACCUCUGCAUCCAUGGAGACACCAGAGCCUGGUCCAGCAGAUGGAGAGGAGCGUCUGGUGGAGCUGCGGCCUCGCACACGCUCCAACCCUGAAGGUGCUGAGGAUCGUCGCAGUAGCACAGGGAGCCUGGGAGGCAACAGUAACCCUAACAUAUCUCAGCCUGCAGUGGGCAGUCGUGUGGAGGGCGAGGGCGAGGCUUCGACCAGCGACAGUCCUCCGAGCUCCACCACCACAACUGUGUCGACAGCUGCAGCUCAAACUGUAGUUCCCGUUGCAGCUGCAGUACCGGUUAUAGCCAGUGGUGCAGUGUCUUUGUCUGCUGCAGCCGUUGCAGCCAAAGAGAGGCCAAAGCCCACACAGCAGCAGCAGCCCCCCACACUCACUACCUCCAUCCCUCCACCAGCAGAGUACCAACUGCGAGUCCCCCGUGUCAACUGCCCUGAGAAAGUGAUUAUCUGCUUAGACCUUUCUGAAGAGAUGUCUUUGCCAAAGUUGGAGUCUUUUAAUGGGUCUAAAACCAACGCCCUGAACAUAUCUCAGAAGAUGAUUGAGAUGUUUGUCAGAACUAAACACAAGAUUGACAAACGGCAUGAGUUUGCGCUGGUCGUAAUUAACGAUGAUGCCCUUUGGCUUUCAGGCUUCACAUCUGACCCCAGGGAGCUGUGCAGCUGUCUAUAUGAUCUGGAGACCAAUGUAUGCGAGUCCUUUAUAGACCUGGAAGAUCUUCUGAAUGUAAUUCGUCAGAAGAUUGAACUUCCGUUGACGGAGAAUGUUCAGACCAUUCCACCCCCUUAUGUGGUGCGGACCGUGCUCAUCUACAGCCGACAUGCAGGGCAGCUUCAGUUCAACUCCUCUGAGGCCGUUAGUAAAAUGCUACAGUCUCCAUAUUUUUUCUUUGAUGUGGUUUAUCUGCACAACGGAAUGGACGAGCAGGGUGAUGAGACAAAUUGGAGGGACAACUAUACCUCUUUCUGUAACCUGGACUCCAAGGGCAUGUGCUAUCGCUUUGAGGUUUCCUUGAGUGGACCUGCCAUUGAGCUUCACAACUGCAUGGCCAAACUUCUGGCUCACCCAUUACAGAGACCUUUCCAGAGUAAUGCGUCUUACAGCCUGCUGGAAGGGGAGGACCCACAGGACGUUGAAGCAACGGUCUAAAACAGACACACUUAUAAAGCACUGCCUCUCUGUGAAAUUUACAAACUGUAGUUUAUCAGAGAAAGAGACAACUUAUUAUUUGGGUGUGUGUUUUUUUUUCUCCAUUUACUGCAACAUAGCAAACAUUAUUGAGAAUACCUUGGAAAAUCAUCAAGUUACUAACACAAUCAUUGUGUUUUAGCAUAAACAAUGAAUUACUAUUAUUAUUAUUAUUGUUGUUCUGAGCUGUGAAAUAAAUGAAUCUGAUUGUUAGUGGUUAAGUCAGACGUUGCUGGGUGUCUCCUGCGGAGGGAGAGAUGGCGUGGCAUCGUCAGACUGUCUGGACACAGGGCACUACUAGAAAAUUAAAUUAAAUAAGAAUUAAAAAAUAAAUAUGAUGGUUAAUUUAUCAGUUUUCUCAAACAUGCUACCUUGUUUUUUUCUUACAAAUCUAUCCCACUGAUUUAUAUGUGAUCCUCCAAAAGGGAAAAAUCAAUCAACGCCUGGGACAGUUUUCCACAGCAGUCUUUUGGGACUUUGAAGUAGUGUCCUGUAACAUGAUGUACUGUAUUAUGAAGGUGAAACUUCAUUUCGAUUUCCUUCCUCAUUUAGUUUGUAAUUUUCCACCCUUGUUAUUUUAAAUACUUCUUUUAUUUUGAUGUAGCGGAUUUUAAUUAUUUAACUAUGUUUGACAGACAAUGAAAGAAUGUACAGUAAUGUAGAUGUGGCCUCAUUUGAUUUAAAUAUUUUGUUUUACGAUGAUGAGAUGAUGUCUGUGGCACUGGGUGUUAUUUUGGAUAAGGCCUCUCGUACAGCCAGUCUAGCUGCACUUGUCUCAAAGUAUGGAGUAUCAUUUUGAAGCUUCUGGUGAUUAAAAAAUACAUAUUUAAUCAUU